GCCCGCCGUCGUGAUACCGCCAGCAAUCGCCUAGCGAACAGCCAACGGUCGACAUAUAGAAGCCAUACAGCGCAGCUCAACAGCUGAUAAACAGAAUACAAACAACGCAGUUUGUGUAAACAAUCAAAUUGUCGCAGCCAUAUCGAGUGUGCUUACAAGUCCAGCGGAAAGUUUUCACAGUUCCAUAAAAACACCAAACAAUCAAUCAGCAAACAUGUCUGCUUCCCCGACCGCCCGUCAAGCCAUCAGCCAGGCUCUGCCCAUGAUCACCAGGAAGAUUGUCAUCACGGACCCGAUCCAGAUGCCCGAGGUCUACUCCUCGACACCCGGCGGAACCGUCUACUCCACCACUCCUGGAGGCACUAAACUGAUCUACGAGCGGGCCUUCAUGAAGAAUCUGCGUGGCUCGCCCCUGAGCCAAACGCCCCCUUCGAAUGUGCCCAGCUGCCUGCUGAGGGGCACUCCCCGUACCCCCUUUCGCAAGUGUGUGCCAGUGCCCACGGAGCUGGUGAAGCAAACCAAGUCCCUGAAGAUCGAGGAUCAGGAACAGUUCCAACUGGAUCUGUAGGGGACUUGUCCCUAGUCUCACCAAGCAGCAACUGCCAAAAUCAUUUAGCCAUUAGACAACACCCACUAAACCCGAUCUUAUAAGCUUAGAGUGCAUCGUUUUAGCCAUACCCAUUACUAGAUGCUAAGUUCUUAGUUCUUCCACGUCGUUUUGUUCUUUCGGUCAUAUUGACUUAGUAACUUGUAAAUCUCUAGAUGUUAAGUAAAAAACAAUAAAAAAUACGCAUUAUUUAAAGA